AUGACUCAGGGGAAUAGUGGUACUAUCUACCUCCAGAAUCUAAGGGUACUUUUGGUCGAAAAUCAUUUAUGCCUACCCACUAUCUGGCCUGGUAUUAAGCGCCAAAACAAGUCAUUGUGCCCCGUGCGUCUUUGUUUCCUACCCUCUCUAGCUCAGAUGGAAACUGCAUCGCCCACUCAUGGCAAAUCCAGGGAAUCUCUUGAUAUUCUCUCUGGGACUGAGAGAGGCUUCAUUCAGCCAAUUUCUUCAUUGCCUCCAACGGUCUCACAAGAGAGUAACGUUGGCCACUCCGCCACUAGUAGUACUGGGGGACCACAAAUUCCCUCUAUCGGCGCGAUCAGCGCAUUGAAUGAGCAUAGGUUCCUGGAAGAAAUCGAGAUGGUCGAUAUCAUACCUACUGCAAUGUUGCUCGAGUCGGUCUUACGUCCUAUCUCAUCCAACGAUCUACUACAAGUGAAAGCCUCUCUAAUUAUGAAUGGCCUCAUCGGUGAGGAUGGACGCUGGAAGUGUCUCCCUAAGACCCCAUUGGAAUAUGCGGACGACCCCUCGAUAUUCAAGUCACUAGAAAGAAUUUAUGCCGACGUGAUCAGCGCUGCCAUAUCUUGUGGCCUUCUAGAGUCGAAAAUUGGUCUAUUGGCACCUCUUCUUGUCAGGGAUGACAUAGAACUCGAGUCGGGCGCCUCCAGCACAUUCAAGCCUGAAGGGUGUCUCUACCUUAAAGAUACAAGUCGCGAUUAUAAAGCAAAUGAUCUUCUCGACUAUGCAGAUAUCGUUCUCUUCAUGGGGUUAAGCGCAAAGAAUGAUCGUUCUGACCGCCUGCAUGUAAGUCUUCAAGACAUUCCCAUUGCGAUUACUUACAAUUCGACAGAAAUCGAGCUGGGAUUCGACCCUACUAUCAAAUAUAUAUACACCCGCUCAGCAUAUCCAAAUGUUCAGUCAAACUUCAAUGGUAAAGGUCAUGAAAAGGAAUCAAGGUCAAAAUCCAGUUACCUUGCCCAAGAGAAUCAAUCAAGCGAAUGUUCUUCGGUCGUGGAAGAAAGUGUGUACCACAUCCUAGUUCGAAAUGAAGAGGGAUACGAACAUACUUUCGAGACAGUUCGUCUUCUAUCCGCUCGCAGUGCCAGAAUUGCGCGGUCUCAUGGCACUCGGGUGUGGGAGGUUUUUGAUAUUAAUGACCCCUCCAAAACGCGCCGGGUCCUCAAGGACACUUGGUAUAAAAAGGGAAAAGCACCUGAAGGGAAUAACUUGAGGGAUAUCCGAUCUUGUCUCCAAAGUGACCCAGAGGGCCUGCUACACCUUCCAGAAGUCCCCAUGCACGGCCAAGUUCGCCUUCCAGACAACACCAUGGACGAUAUUUUUGACCUCUCUCGCCGAAAAGUCAACUGGACUCGUAGACAACGACGUAGCGUCAUUCCGGGUGAUGAAAUGUUCUCGUUCUAUUCAUCAACACCAACUGCAGAGAUAGAAGGGCCACCAACUCUCGAAGACUACAUAGAUAGUAUCGAAGAAGACCUCUGGGAGUCUCGCCGAUGGAGAACGAGAGACACACUCCGAUGCCACUGGCGGCUGGUUUACGUUGACUCUCCCAGAAUCGCUUUGAGCGACAUCAGAAGAUAUGAUGAAAUGCUGCUUGCCCUCAUUGGUGCCCUGAAAGGUUUGCAAUUCGGUAUUUCUCGUACCCUUUACUUUCUCACCUUUCCUACAGCUCUUCGGGCCAUUUACUCAGGAGCAUUCUUUAAGGCCGUGGAAGUCGGUGCCCCGGCUAAAUCCUUCCUUUUUAUUCCAGAACAGGCAUACGAAUCCUCUUUAAUACUGGGGAACAGUAAAUAUCACGAGAUUCGAUGGUUCCAUAACCCUAUUCACGACAUCGAACCCAUUUGGUGGAUCGCCAUCUGGUUGACCUUAUUCUUCACGGAAACCGGCACCUUGGACUCUCGCGCCAAGAAGGCAUAUCGCGACUUUUUCCCUCCAGAAGACCAUAGUUCUCAAAACCAGCGCUUUCUCGGUCUGUUACAGGGCUACAUGUUCAGCAAAGUUUACCAGCAACCAUUCUUUUCUACCUACUUUUUAAACCUGCGAGAGUGUUUGGUGCAUGGCUAUGGGACACUACAUGGUGACCUACAGCUAGCAGGUGACAGACCGAUCUAUCGAGAAACUUUUGAGCGGUUCCUGGAGAUAAUGGAGACGAUGAGACGGUCCCUUGGCCAGCUUGGACAAAUGAAGCUACAGCCUUUACGUGGAAUCCCCUCAAACCCUUCCUUCGUAUGGGGCCAUCAAAAGCAGGAGUUUGAGGAUAACGGUGGACAGCAAUGGCGAAAAUGGUUCAAGGAAUGUGGAAAAGCAUUCCGAAUCAAAGCAGCUUGGGGUCACCAAGAUAUCCUUAUUCUAGCGGAUACUGUUGCAGUGUCUCAUGUAUUCUCCAAAAAUCCAUACAAUUAUGCCCACCCACCUAUAUUCCGUGCUUUCGUUGGAAGGUUGACGGGCCAUUCUCUAUUGUGGGUCGAAGGCGCUAGUGAACACCGACGCAUGAAAUCUCUGGUUGCACCCGCAUUUUCGAGAGAAAACGUUCGAAACAUAGGACCUAUCAUCUACCAAGUAGCUUCACAUAUGCAAGACCAUCUCGCUUCUCAACUUCAAUCGUCGAAAUCUAUCGAGCUCAACGCGUUCGACUUGACAGGCCCGGCUGCCCUGGAUGUCAUUGGCAAGGCGGCAUUCGGGUACGAUUUUAAUGCCAUUGAACAUGGUCCUCAUGCAGUUAUGAUCAUGGAUAUGUGGAGACAUCAGAACGAAAUGGGAAUAUCCGACGCCGGGUUCAAGGCGACCAUGACCCUCCAACUGUUACCCUGGAUUACAUACCUCCCUCUCAAAGCACUAAAAGCACAGGCAGCUAUCGUCAACCACAUUCGCGAAUUUGCAAAGGAGAUUGUCGACAGGGGAGAGAUCGACACCAAGGUUCGAGCAAAUCAAAGACAAGAUCCCGCAAAACGAGUGAGCAUGGAAGAGAUUUACAACCACGUUGUCACCUUUGUCGUCGCUGGACACGAAACUACGGCAGGUGCGAUUGCCUUUGGACUAUGGCUCCUCGCCAAACACCCAUCCAUGCAACAACUCCUCAGGGACGAAGUCACCAGCUUCGGAGGAGAGCCGUCCUACGACGAGCUGGACGACCCCAAUACACUUCCUUACCUUGACGCCGUCUGCAAAGAGAGCAUCCGUCUUUUCUCGGCUGGAGCGAGGAACGAAAAGGUUGCAGAGGCCGACGACGUUAUCCCCCUUCGUGAACCAGUCAAAGGCACCGACGGCUCGUGGAUCACUUCCAUCCCCGUCAAGAAAGGCCAGAUUAUCCACAUUCCUGGUAUUGCGAUUGAUAGAGAUGAAGAUGCGUGGGGUGAUGCGGAUACGUUCCGUCCUACUCGGUGGCUCGUUGGUGGCCCAGUUGCAGAAAAAUAUUGCAAACCCGGUGAACCAGGACUGUUACCUGCAGACCAGAUGUGUGGUGGCUGGGCUCAUCAGUUUAGUUUUUCAGAGGGACCUAGGACAUGUAUCGGGAUAAAAUUGGCGCUGUUCGAGUACAAGGUCUUGAUGUUGACCCUCAUCAGGCACUUUAGGUUCCACGAUACAGGUGCAGAGCUCGAGCUGAGGUUCGCUGCGGCGUUGACCUCGAGAGUGGUCGGAAAGCAACAUGAAGGAAUCAACCUGCCCGUACGAGUCACUCUGACUUUCAUAACUGUUUUUAUUCGAAUUUAUCAAUGGGUGACCGUGCCAAGCAGUCUGGAUGAAGUGAGGAAGUCAACCCUCCCCUACACGGCAUCAUCAAUUUGGCGAUGCCUUACUCAUUUCGGGACCUUUUUCUUAAAUCUGAAUUAUAAGUCUAGAUGCAUGGCCGCUGGGGUGGAGAUGGGAUCUGCACAGCAGAUAGCAGUUCUAGUUGAGGGCUCAAUAGGGAACUCUCACAUAAACUCCCAUAUAUCUGGGCACUCACCAGCGCUUUCGGACAUGAUGGAUUCUCUCUAUCCCAUGGAUGGCUUUGAGGAGGCCAAGCCCUUACACUCGGGCAAUUCCACUUGCGCUAUGCGCAAAGAGAGCCGCUUCAAGAUCUGGAGCUCAGUCAUACUCCCAAUGUGCUGCCAUCUCCUGAUCGCAGUCGCAGUCGCGGUGGCCAUCCUUCACGCCGUCAAUGGCCACCAUUUUAGCACGUCUUCUACGCAAAAAUUCUUUCAGGAGUCGGAUGGAAGAUUGAAGUUUCUCGGCUUCUCUGCUCUGCGGCAAUCCGAUGUCACAACACUCAUCUCGCUCAGUGCGACUCUCACUCGUGCCAUAGCCGCUUAUUGCUGUGGUAUCGCGUCCUGGCGCGCGGCGUUCAUUCUGCUCGAGAAGACGGGACUUACGCUUUCCGAGUUUGAUAGAAUGUCAUCCACCCUACCCCUCAUUCUCCCCUGGCCAUGGGACCCUUACCGAUUUGUAAUUGCAGCGAUUGCUUUACUAUUCGUCUCUUCGGAAUUAUACACUCCUAUCCUCAACGGUGCCAUUACAUGGGAGUCAGGGACGAGCUUUGCCCCCAAUCCACAGAUUUUGAAGGGGAUUACGCAAAGUGGACUACAUCUAUGGAACCACCAUGGGCUUCCUGACCAAAGACAGGGAAUUGUUUAUCGAGCAGUUGGUCAUGCUACGACUGCCCUAGGGAAUGGGAAACACGUUGAUGAUGGUCACCACAUCUCCGACCUCUGGCGUGUCGUAGAUGCUUCACGCAACAUUCCCGUCAAUAGCACUCUAAGCAACAUUACUAUCCCAUUCUUCGCUAUCGACUCUAUCGAAUGGCUUAGUGACCCCGUCAAUACGUUGGACGCCCAGACGCUAAGGGCCACAGAUGCCGGGAGUAACCUGCUCAACUAUACUUCAGCGGGUAACCCGAUGCAGCAAGAGGCCACAGGGAUCCUCGCUUUGAUCCCACGCACCGAUUGGCA